GGGCUUGGGGGGGGGAGGGAGGGAGGGAGGGAGGGAGAGGCCGGCCGACCGACCGCGAGGCUGUGAGAAAGUGGGCGAGUGGGUGAGGACGCGCGGCCUGGCUGCGGGAGCCGGCGGCGAGGAGAAAGGAGGCGGCUCCCGGCAUCCCGCCCCCUCCCCCUCCUCAGCGGACUUCCCGCGGCCCGCGCUUGCUCCUAGGCGGCGGCCGGCCGGGCAGGCGAGGGAGGAGCCGGCGGCCAGAUAAAAGUUUACAACAAGUAAUCCAGGAAAGGAAGAACAAUCAGACCGAGAUGUGUAGCUCAGGGGCUGGUAAGCUGUGGUUCUUGACAGAUCGUCGCAUCAGGGAAGACUACCCACAGAAAGAGAUCUUACGAGCCUUGAAGGCCAAAUGUUGUGAAGAGGAAUUGGACUUCAGGGCUGUAGUGAUGGAUGAGGUGGUGCUGACAGUGGAGCAAGGAAAUCUGGGUCUGCGGAUCAAUGGAGAGCUAAUCUCUGCCUACCCACAGGUGGUGGUAGUGAGAGUUCCAACUCCAUGGGUGCAGAGUGAUAGUGAUAUCACUGUUUUGCGCCACCUAGAGAAGAUGGGGUGCCGACUGAUGAACCGACCUCAAGCCAUCCUGAACUGUGUUAAUAAAUUCUGGACAUUUCAAGAAUUGGCUGGCCAUGGUGUGCCUCUACCAGAUACUUUUUCUUACGGUGGCCACGAAAACUUUGCUAAAAUGAUUGAUGAAGCGGAAGUGCUGGAGUUCCCAAUGGUCGUGAAGAAUACACGGGGUCAUAGAGGCAAAGCUGUUUUCUUGGCACGAGAUAAACACCAUUUAGCAGAUCUAAGCCAUCUUAUUCGGCAUGAAGCUCCAUAUUUGUUCCAGAAGUAUAUUAAAGAGUCUCAUGGAAGGGAUGUACGAGUCAUUGUUGUGGGAGGCCGUGUUGUUGGCACCAUGUUACGUUGUUCCACAGAUGGAAGGAUGCAGAGCAACUGUUCCCUAGGUGGUGUGGGGAUGAUGUGCUCAUUGAGUGAGCAAGGGAAGCAGCUAGCUAUCCAGGUGUCGAAUAUCCUGGGAAUGGAUGUAUGUGGCAUUGACCUGUUGAUGAAAGAUGACGGCUCCUUCUGUGUCUGCGAGGCCAAUGCAAAUGUAGGUUUCAUCGCCUUUGAUAAGGCUUGUAAUCUAGAUGUAGCUGGUAUCAUAGCAGACUAUGCUGCCUCCCUUCUGCCCGCUGGCCGGCUCACCCGGCGCAUGUCCCUGCUCUCUGUGGUAUCCACUGCCAGUGAGACUAGUGAGCCGGAGCUUGGUCCCCCUGCCAGCGCUGCUGUCGACAACAUGAGCGCAAGUUCCAGCUCUGUUGAUAGCGACCCCGAAAGCACCACCGAGCGAGAGCUGCUCACCAAGCUCCCAGGGGGGCUGUUCAACAUGAACCAGCUGCUAGCCAAUGAAAUCAAACUCCUGGUGGAGUGACUCCACUGGUAAAUAGUUAAACAACAAAACCCUUGUAAAACUGUCACCCUGCACCCCAUCCCCUUCCCCUUUAACCAACUUGCAAUGCUGUUCAUGGAGAAGGUUGAGAAGGUUGAGAUAAAGGUAUAGUAAGAUUGGUUAGAAGAAGGGAAAACAGAUGAGACCCCUAAAAGUAAGACUUAACUGAUUCAUUUACAGAUUUCACAGAGGAAUACUAGGUGACACACAGAGAAAUGGCAGGCUCUCAUGUUAACCUUUUCAGUUACUAAAACCCUGCUCUUAGGCCAUGAGGAAAAUGAAAGGUUUUUUUUCUCCCCCAUGGUCUCUUGCUUUUGUUUUUAUGUAGAAUGAUUUUGAACCAAUACUUGGUAGCAUGACUUCAGUUUCAAGAUUUGUAAAGAGGAAAACAUCCACUUAAAAUACAGAAAUGUUUUAAAUAAUAAUCUGAAAAUUCUGCCGUUUCUAGCUAGCAUUUAGCGAAUAGUUGUUUAUGAACUCUAAGGGGCUCUGACUGGAAUUUCUUAUUUUCAUGUUUGUCUUUGUUUUUUUUCCCUUAAUUUGAGUGGGAGGGUAAUGUGAUUAUAAUCCAAUAAAGAUUUUUAAUAACAAAAUUGGCAUGUUUGCAUGAUGAAAGGGAAAUGAACAGUAUUGCAAUGUCUGGUAUACAAAGUAACAUUUACUCAAUGUAGAUACAGUUACACUAGUUAAAAGUUUGUGCAUUGACUUGUAUUUGUUAGUGUUUUAGUCUUUUUGAAGGAUAUGCUCUGUUGAUGUUGCAUUUUUAAUACAUGCUGGUAACACCCUUGCUCUAUGACUGCAUCUUUAACAAUGGCCAAAGUAAACAAAAUGCUACUUUUUUGGUUAAUAAGAUACCACUCAAACACACACACAUUUAAAAGUCUCCCUGCCUUCCUUUUUUCCUCUUUUGAUGAGUUAGACAUUUAAAGGAUAUAAAAGACAUUUUGGGGAGGCAAGUCAAAGUUAUUAGGUAUAAAGCUGAAAAGAUUUCUUAAUGCUAACUUUUUGUGUUUGCAUUUUUUCACAUUUUAGAAAGGAGCAUAUAUGUUGCAUGCAAGUGUACAUGUUUUAUUCUUUGUUUACACCAAACAGAAAGAAUAGAUUCUAGAAAAUGGCAUGAUGGGAAGCAGUUUUUUACUUAAAACAGAUGAAUUGCCUUAGACCUCCAUAGUAUAGAGAUAACUCCCUAAAAGACAAUAGGAAAGUAGAUGUUUCUUAGGCUUUUUUGUGUGUAUGUAUGUUGUUCGUUUUUGUAGACUGUUUGGCAUAUGAUUUAUUCAAGGGUACAUGCUUUUAUUGAAUGUUACGGCUGUGCAUUUUCUUUUUUAUGCUUAAGAUCUGGAGGGAGGUGGGCCCGCUGUUUGUCUUGAGUCUCAUAUAGCCCUACUCCUACGCCUUCAGUGCUGAAAACUCUGCUCCUUUUUUGAAUUGAUGAAAGCCCCAAACUGCAUAUAAUAUGAGCCUUUAAGUCAUGGAGUAAACAGUCUAGAGAUGAGUCUGGACGAUGUGUUAAGAAGUGGAGAUGCUUCAGGGAUCAACAUAAUUUUUUCCCAAGCUUUUCUUGCUUCUCCAGUGCUGUUUUUCUUCAGAUGGACCGUAACAUAAUUUCUUGGACACUAAAGACUUCAAGGUGAUAAUAGAACAUCAGCAUUAUCCAGCUCUAACAGAGGUUUGAUCAUGCGUAACUGUAUAGUUCUUCCAUUUUAAAAAGGAAUGUAAUAAAACUUGGUUUUCCCCAUAGAAUUAAAUAAUAUUAAAACGGAGUGAAAGGUUUUAUUGACAAAUAGAAUAGUACCUGUAAUCUGUGCACUCUUCUCAUUUCACCUCAGAAAAAGACACAUAAGGAGUUUCUAAUUAUCUUUAGGGUACUCUCAUUGAUCUGCACGUUCUGAUUUGCCCAGGAUUAUUGGGAGUCGUACAUACCUCUGAUUCAUUAACAGAGUAAAAGUACUUGGUACUUUGCUGAAUGAUCAUAUUUUGGAGGGUACAUACUAUUUGGUAUAGACAAAUAAAUGAACAAGUGUGUAAUCAGAUCCUAAGACCAUCUGGUUGCCACAUACAUGAUGAUAUACAUGUAUAUAAGUUCAUGCAUUUGAAAACAAAUAGAACAUCUUCACUUGUUGAAAACUUCACUUUUUAUGGUGGGAUAAUAAAGAAACAGGACAAUUAUAGUUAGCCAUUUUUCUAAAGCAAGCAGUGUUCUAAGAAGCUUUCCCCGCAGGUUCAGUCCUGGUCACGCAGCCACUGUGCUAAGUGCAGCUAUUCCCUAGCCACCCUCGGUGUCACACUCACACUCAGACUGAAAGUAGGAAGGGUGCUCACCUUGAAUUCUCUCAAAUUAAGGUAAACAGUGAGAACAAAUCAUUCUGGAAGAACUCAAAGGAAACAAGUGAGAGUUGACAUAUUUUCAUAUUUUGUAUAGUCUUCAUCACUACUGUGAGAAAAUGUAUCAAAUUUGUGUAAUUGUGCCAACAAUCCGAAUUACUGUAAAUUUUUUGUACACUGUUAAAAUUGUUAUUGUUAACUGUAUUUUAAUGAUUCUGAUUUUGUUUUUAUGUUACUUAUGAUGAGAAUUGGACUCAUAGAUCCAUGCAUUAUGAACUAUGCCACUUAAACUUUCUAAUUGAGUAAAUUUUUUUUUGAUAUUUUGUUCA